AUGUCAAACUUUUCUAUUGACAAUAUUCUUUCUGCUAGACUUCCUGGAUCGUUUCACUUUCCAAAUACAGGAACCGCAAAUACAAAUUCAUCUAUUCAAUUAAAUCCUACACUUAGUGCUGUAGGUGCUACAACAACACCAAUUCCAUUUAUUGGACCGGCAUUUGAUCUUUUAGGAAUUGGUAAUCCAUACGCAUGGAUGCAAGCAACUUCCUCUCAAAUACCUUUUUUCGCUUUUCCUGCACCACCAUAUAUGAAUAAUUUAAUUGCUAAUAAUGGAAGUCAAUUAUUACAAAGUUUAAAUAAUAAAAGAAAAAGAAGACAUAGAACUAUUUUUUCAGAAGAUCAAUUAGCAAUUUUAGAAUCAACUUUUGCUUCUACACAUUAUCCAGAUGUAAUUUUAAGAGAAAAAUUAGCUAUUCAAUGUGAUUUGAAGGAGGAGCGUGUUGAAGUAUGGUUUAAAAAUAGAAGAGCUAAAGAAAGAAAACAAAAAAAAGAUUCAACAGGUGGAAGAGAUUCUAAAGAUGAGAAAACAUCAGGUUCUGAUGAAUCUGAUGUUGAGUUAUCAGAAAAUGAGGAUCAAAUACCAUUAAAACAAAAAAAAGGAUCUGAAACUUGUAAAGUUAAUAUUGUUGAAAAUGUGUUAAGGGAUCAUCAACAUGAUGGAUUAACUAUUACAUUAAAAAAUAAUGGUGGAGAACAACAAGUAACAAAAAUUGAAAUGAAGAAAGAAUAA